CCAUUUGGUCUUGUGAGCUCUGGGUUACGUGAAGUUGCUUAACAAUCAUUUACUUUGCUAAACUUUUUUCUUUUACUAGCAUAAGUAAACAUAGUUUUUUUUUACUUCGGUUGGCCGUUUAUAGUAAUGUCAUUGAAUCAUCAAAAGAAAAUAUUAAUCAGGGGGCCUUCGGGGUCCACGCGGUUGACCGUAAAUACAUUUCUAACGGUGAACGACUUGUAUUCCAAACUCGAAGCCGAAUUAUUGGUAUCCAAGGACAGCAACUGGUCGCUUCAGUGCGACUCAGUGGAAUUACAACGUUCCGAUCUUCUUUUGUCCAAAACAAAUUUGAACAAUGGUUCGGUGGUUUACAUUAAUAUUAGUCCCGAACUCAAAACUAAAAGGCCUUCCGAAAAUUUAAUUUUAUAUUCUGAUCCCUGCAGAAAAGAAAUUUCGGAUAAGGAAGUAGUGGAAGAUCCCGUCGAUGUUAUUCUCUCCAACGAAGCUGGCCUUAUUAAACGCUCUUAUGAUCCCUUAAAAUGCAAGCAUUGUUUAAAGGACAAGUGUCUGCACUGCGUGGACUUAGAACCAUUUGACGAAGAAUAUCUUAAAGAAAAGAAAAUAAAGUUUAUGUCCUUUCAAACUUUCACGCGUUUCUUAAAAAAACGACAGUCGAACGACAAAUGUUUUUCGUUGCCUCGUUGGCGCUUUACAGUUCGUUCAGACUGCUCGCAUCCGUCCUGGCCAAAAGGACUCUGCUCGCGCUGUCAACCAACCGCGUUAACUUUAAAUUCUCAACCAUUUAGGCACGUGGACUACGUCGAGUUUGAGUCUCCGCAGGUUCUCGAUAUGUUUUUGGACUAUUGGCGUUCUUCCGGCGGAAGACAGCGCUUUGGCUUUCUGAUUGGUCAAUAUGAACCUUUUUAUGAUGUCCCUCUUGGCGUGAAAGCCCGCGUGGCUGCCAUAUACGAGCCUCCGCAGGAAAGUGACGCUUUUACUUUGCAACUACUUGAUGAUCCGCAAGAAACUGUCCUCCACGGCCUUCUUUCACAACUCGGCCUCGCAGUGGUCGGAUGCAUUUUUACGGACCUUGAAAAUGCGGGAGGGGGGUUGGUCAGGCACAAGAGACAUAAAGAUACCUUUUUCUUGAGCUCUUUCGAGUGUAUUCUUGCCGCUGAGUUUCAAAAUAAAUAUAGGUCUCCUUGCAAGUUAGCUGAAGAAGGUUAUUACGGGAGCAAGUUCGUAACUGUUGUUGUUUCCGGAAAUCAAGAAGGGCAGGUGGGCCUGGAAGCUUACCAGAUAUCGAAUCAAGGCAUGUCCUUGGUCUCUGCUGGACUUCUUCGGCCAACCACAGCGUUUGACAAAGGCGCUGUGCAACCAGUGGACAGCAGCCAGUACGUUCCUGACGUCUUAUACUCGUUUAAGGACGAAUAUGGAAAUACCGUCCCUGCCAGUGCCGACCCCUUCUUUCCCUUGGACUUUUUGUUGGUCAAUGUUGGAGCUGGAGCACCUGUCGCUCAAGGCCCGGUCACUUUUGCCUCCUCAACGCCCGGAAACGGCGCAUUUCCUAUUGAAAACAGAGAGUUGCUGGGCACGCGACUGACGCUUGCCGCCGUUAAACAACACGUGGAGUCAAGCGCCACCCCUCUUUUGGCAUUGAGCGAUUUCCAUUUGCUGCUGCAUCUGGCCACUUCCGACGUCUAUUCCCUUCAAGUGACGAAACUGGCCUGCAUCGUCCGGGAAAAGAGCGCGGAGGGGGCGAGGGAGUGGAUAAGCUCCAACGACUGGCUGAACAUACUUGCGCUGGCCAGCGUUUCUGACGAAGAAGUUAACGAUGGAUUUGUUUGUAAGCUUUGUACUUUUAGGAACAGUAAAAAAACUGGUGACUGUGAAGUAUGUGGCAUUCCCCAUCACUAAAUGAUUUAAUUUUUCGACUUGAAUA